AUGGGGGACCAUUCCCCUAACAUUCAGUUGCUUCAAGCAAGCGUUGAUCCGGAAGACGAAAGCGAGUUCCGUGUUCUUGUCGACAACAAAUUCGUGAAAUAUAUCAGCAUCGACGCUGGCCUGUAUGACAGUGACGAGAUGUGCUUCGGGCCUGCUCUGAUCUCUCUGCUGCCACCGAUUCCACCCGGCGAUUGGAACAAGGGCUGCAUCUCCCGCCACCCCACAACCGGAGACCCUUACUUUGCUACCGUCUCCAGAGCACAUCUCCCAGGAAUCACAAAGACCUGGCAUCCCACUCGGGUCGACUACCUGGAGCUUCGCAUGCAACGAAAACUCCGCUCCAACGUCUACGAAGCCACCUGCCCUCGCUUCAGUUCGGUGGUUAUCGCGAAAUUUGCGCGGUUUUCCUGGGAGGUGCCCCAGCUCGAGGCGGAGACGGAGGCAUACGAAUGGAUAGAGGGCCACCAAGUCGGUCCUCGUUUUCUCGGCCACUUGACGGAGGAGGGGAGAGUCAUUGGGUUCAUCAUGGCCCGCAUCCCCGACUGCCUUCACGCCACGGUGGACGACUUUCGUCUGUGCUCUCUCGCUUUGUCCAACCUGCACGAGCUGGGGAUCAAGCACGGGGACAUUAACAAGCACAACUUUCUUAUUCAUGACGGGAAAGCGACCCUAAUUGAUUUUGACAAUGCCUCACGGGCAGCCAGCGCCGAUGAGCUGGAAGACGAGCUUCAGGAGCUGCGGGACAAGUUGCAGGAUACGUCUGGGAGAGGGGGACGGGUCGUCGAAAGUGGCCCAAGUUGA